AUGAUGGAGCAGGAACAGGAACGGAGGAAAAAGGCGAUGCAGGAGAAGCUUGAGUUGGAGAAGCAGUUCAUCGAACGAAAAUUCGACCUUUUGCGGGCCGAACUAGAUGAGGAUGACGACGAUCGGAGUGACCAACUCUCGUCGGUGAACAUGAUCAUUUCUCCUCCGGCACAGUCUACCAACCAGAGAAACAGUUUGGCAGCUUGUUUGCCGCAGCAGGUAGGUCAGCACCAGCAACAAAAGAAUGCUGGUCAGCAUCAACCACGACAGCAUCGCGAGUCUAGCGCCUUCGUCGAUACAACCGAUACGGUAAUUUUAGCUAGUAAGACACUGAGCCAAGCAAUUCAUCAAAAUUCUUGGGGGUGCCUGGCACCCCCGGCACCCCCAGUAGUUUCGCCUAUGCCGACAGCCCAGCAGAUCGCAGCUCGGCACGUUGUUCCAAAGGAUUUGCCGGUAUUUUCUGGCGACCCAUCAGAGUGGCCACUUUUCGCCAGCAGUUACUACAACUCCACGGCCAUGUGUGGCUAUUCGGACGGCGAAAAUUUGAUGAGGCUACAGCGCAGUCUCAAAGGGAACGCCAGGGAAGCUGUUCAUUGCCAACUCCUGCACCCUGCGUCGGUUCCGCAGAUAAUGAUGACAUUACAAACUCUCUUCGGACGUCCUGAGCUCAUCGUUCGCUGCCUGUUGAAUAAGGUUCAAUCGACACCAGCACCGAAGGCAGACAAGCUGGAGUCCCUAAUUAGUUUUGGACUUGCCGUUCAAAAUCUGUGCAGCCACCUGCAGUCAAUGGGGAUGGAGGCGCACCUGUCGAAUCCCACUAUUCUUCAGGAACUGGUUGAUAAGCUCCCUACCAACUUGAAACUGGAUUGGGCCCUGCAUCAGCGUCAUCUACCAACCGUAGACCUGAGCUCGUUCGGCAACUACAUGUCAACCAUCGUUUUUGCCGCGUCGAAAGUUUCUGUUGGAUCAGAACCAGUGGGAAAGUUCGAAAAGCCAAAGGGGAAGAAGAAAGGUUUUCUGAAUACCCAUUCUACGGAAGAAGUGGGUGACAACGACCAAGAAGAGCGACAGGAAAGCAGCGCAGGGCAGACGAGGACUCCAUACACCCCUAAGCUGUGUCCGGUAUGUAAGAAAGAAACCCACAAGGUGAAAGAUUGCCGUAGCUUCCUGGAGGCAAGUAUCGACGACCACUGGAAGCUAGUUCAUCAGGCAAAUCUGUGCAGGCGCUGCUUGAUUGGUCACGGCAAAUGGCCAUGUAAAGCGACAGUGUGCGGGAUGGACGGAUGCGAGCUACGUCAUCAUAGGCUGUUGCAUCCGGGAAGGCCAGAAUCAUCGUCGAGCGCCAAGGAUCAGCCCAAAGUAACUGGUACUGUAGGUGUUCAUCGUCAUCAGUCUCGUCCAACACUUUUCCGAAUCAUUCCGGUUAUCGUUCAUGCGAAUGGAACAUCCGUUCGCACGCUGGCGUUCCUCGACGACGGCUCUUCCUACACGUUGGUAGAGCAGGACCUCGUGGAUGAACUUGGCGUUACUGGCGAGCUUGAACCACUGUGUCUACAAUGGACAAGCGGAAUAACAAGGACGGAAGCAAACUCUCGACUGCUGCAGAUUGAGAUAUCAGGUGUCGACGCCAACCGAAAGCACAUCUUGGAGGAUCUAGCGGAUAAGUACGAUUAUCUGCGGGGUCUUCCGGUGGCAAGCUACGACAGCACGGUGCCGCGUAUUCUAAUUGGCGUAGACAACGCCGAUUUACAGGUAACGCUCAAGAAAAGGGAAGGGAAGAAGUUCGAGCCAGUUGCCACCAAAACUAGGCUUGGAUGGACGAUCUACGGGAACCUGACGAGGAUCGAAGCAGAGGACGAACGAAGGGCUCGUGCGAUCAUGGAGGAAACGACCAUCCGCACGUCAUCUGGAAGAUUCCAGACUGGCCUCCUAUGGAGAAAUGACUACGUCGAGUUUCCGGACAGUCGGGCUAUGGCAGAGCAUCGUCUUAAGUGUUUGGAACGGCGACUUAGUAAGAACCCCGAACUGUACAACAACGUUAAGCAGCAAAUCAAAGACUACCAACGCAAAGGAUAUGCGCACGAGUUAACAAAGGAGGAGGCGAACAACAGCGAUCCUCGACGAGUAUGGUAUUUACCCUUAGGGGUUGUGACAAACCCGAACAAACCAGGAAAGGUACGGGUCGUUUGGGAUGCCGCAGCUAAAAUUGAAGGGAUCUCGCUCAACUCCAUGCUGAUGAAGGGUCCAGACAUGACUGCGUCGCUCUCAACAGUGCUGUAUCGUUUCCGGCAACGACAAAUCGCCAUUGCAGGUGACAUCAGGGAGAUGUUUCACCAGAUCCAAAUUCGUCCACAAGAUCGUCAAGCUCAAAGAUUUUUAUGGCGAGAUGCUCCUGGUGAAACAUGCAAAGAAUACGUCAUGGACGUGGCAACCUUCGGGUCGACCUGCUCACCUUCGUCGGCCCAAUACAUCAAAAACAGGAACGCUGAAGAGUGGAGCGAACAGUACCCGGAGGCUGCGGUAGCCAUCAUAGAGUGUCAUUACGUGGAUGACUAUCUGGACAGUCUGGAUUGUGAGGAAGAAGCUGUUCGACUGGCGCUCGAUGUGAAGACCGUUCAUGCUAAGGCCGGAUUUGAUAUUCGGAAUUGGCUGUCAAAUUCAGAGCUGGUCCUUCAACGGGUCGGGGAUCCGGGCCAGCAGAUUACGAAGAGUUUCACAGCCGGCAAAGGAUCGGAGACUGAAAGGGUGCUGGGAAUGAGUUGGACACCGAAGGAGGACACUUUCACUUUCGCUGUGAAUUUUCGGAGCGACAUCCAAUCGUUGAUCAGUGGGACGAGCGUGCCAACCAAAAGGCAAGUUCUGCGAGUCGUCAUGAGUGUUUUCGACCCUCUGGGAUUAUUCGCGGUGUUCGUGAUCCACGGAAAGUGCUUGGUGCAAGACAUUUGGCGGACUAAAAUUGGUUGGGAUGAUCCAAUUCCCGAGAAACUUCACGAAACUUGGCGUCGAUGGAUUCAAGUUCUUCAACAGCUACCUCAACUCGAACUACCACGAUGCUACUUUCCAAACUACAGUGUCGGCAGUCUUCGGAGUCUACAGCUUCAUGUGUUUGUGGAUGCCAGCGAGACGGCCUACUCUUGCGUCGCUUACUUCCUUACUUGA